UCAGACAGGUACCACUUUUUUUUCGGUUCUUUCUUUCUAAUUUCUUCUCACUGAUGUUAGAGAGAGAAACAAAAUUAGAAUCUAGAGAGAGAAAGAUGUGUGUCUCUAAUUAGUAAUAACAAUACCAUCUUUUUUUCUGACAUUUUUUUUAACUACUCCCCUGUAAGAAUUAACAGUGGUUUUUUUUUAAAAAAUUUCAUUUUUUGAAGUGGUUUUCGAAUCUUUGAUGGGUUUUUGGUUUCUGGGUUGAUCAAAGAUUUUGAAAUUUAUGGUGUUAAGAAUCUAAAAUUUGUGUUCUUUAUCAUUGGAAUAUGAUAAUUAAGCUUGCAUUUGUUUUUGGCCGGUUUGAGGCGCAUGAGAGACACAAGGAUUACUACAGAAAUAAGCAGUCAUUGAGGGCCUAGCUUGUAAGAUCUUGAAAUUUACUUGAUGGAGUUUUGUUUUUGAUUGCAAAUAAGAUCUUGUGGAGGUUUUUGCAAUGAGUGGCGGCUUUGUAAGGCCAUGGAAGAUGUAAAUUUAUUUAGUUUUUUUCUAUAGCUGUAAAUUAUAGCUUGAGGAGUUGACAAGAAUGUGUUGAGCUGGUGUUAAGUUAGGUGCAAUGUUAAGAACAUUAGCUCCUGGGUUCUUAGUCAUAGCUUGCCUUAUGAUCUCGGUCUCUGCCAUCGAUAAUGAGUUUGCGAAUUGUAACUGUGAUGAUGAGGGGUUAUGGAGCAUACAAAGCAUUCUAGAGUGUCAAAGAGUGAGUGAUGUGUUGAUUGCAGUAGCGUAUUUUUCGAUUCCUAUUGAGCUUCUUUACUUUAUUAGCUGCUCGAAUUUUCCGUUUAAAUGGGUUCUUCUUCAGUUUAUUGCGUUUAUAGUCCUUUGUGGAUUGACUCAUUUGCUCAAUGCUUGGACUUAUUAUGGGCCGCAUUCGUUUCAACUGAUGCUGUCACUCACCAUUGCUAAAUUGCUUACUGCUUUGGUUUCAUGUGCAACUGCGAUUACCCUUUUGACUUUGAUUCCUCUGCUUCUUAAAUGGAAAGUGAGGGAGAUUUUCUUGACGCAAAAUGUGUUGGAGUUAGAUCAAGAAGUUGGUAUUAUGAAGAAGCAGAAGGAAGCAAGUUUGCAUGUUCGUAUGUUAACUCGAGAAAUUAGGAAGUCGCUUGAUAAGCAUAACAUAUUGUAUACGACUUUAGUUGAGCUUUCUAAGACGUUGGAUUUGCACAAUUGUGCUGUGUGGAUGCCAAAUGAGAAUAGAAUGGAGAUGAAUCUCACCCAUGAGUUGAAACCAACUUCUAAAAGUUAUCAUUUUUCUAUUCCCGUCACUGACCCUGAUGUGUUAGAGAUAAAAGGCAGCAAGGGGGUGAAGAUUUUGAGGCCGAAUGCAGCAAUUGGCGCUGCAAGUGGUGGUGGCUCUGAGGAGGCAGGUGCUGUGGCUGCAAUUCGGAUGCCUAUGCUUCGGGUUUCAAAUUUUAAAGGAGGGACACCUGAACUAGUGGAAACUUCUUAUGCUAUACUGGUUUUGGUUCUUCCGAACAUGAAUUCCAGGGUUUGGAACUUCGAUGAAAUGGAAAUAGUGGAGUGUGUAGCUGAUCAGGUGGCUGUCGCUUUAUCUCAUGCUUCAGUGCUUGAAGAAUCUCAAAUAAUGAGAGAGAAGUUAAGUGAGCAAAAUCGUGCUUUGCAGCAAGCUAAGAAGAAUGCAAUGAUGGCAAGCCAGGCAAGGAACUCAUUUCAGAAGGUGAUGAGUCAUGGAAUGAGGAGGCCCAUGCACUCAAUCUUGGGCCUGCUUUCUAUGUUCCAAGAUGAUAGCAUGAGCUUUCAACAGAAGAUUAUCAUUGAUACUUUGAUAAAAUCCAGCAAUGUUCUUUCCGCUCUGAUUAAUGAUGUGAUGGAGAUUUCAGCGAAAGAUAAUGGAAGAUUUCCAUUAGAAAUGAGGCCAUUCCGGCUGCACUCCAUGCUCAAGGAGGCUUCUUGCCUUGCUAAGUGCUUUUGUGUGUACAAAGGUUUUAGUUUUGAAAUUGAUGUUCAGAGUUCUUUGCCUGAUUUAGUUAAUGGAGAUGAACGAAGAGCUUUCCAAGUGAUCCUACAUAUGGUUGGAUAUCUUCUAAACAUCAAUGAUGGUGGUGGAACAGUAGUAUUUCGGGUUUCUUCAGAGAGUGGCAGUCAGGGAAAGAAUGAUAGAAUGAUGGGCAUGUGGAAAUCAAAUGCACCGGAGGAGUUUGUUUCUAUAAAAUUUGAGAUUGAGAUCAGGGAGAGGAAUACUUCAGCAGACGGACCGUUUUCAGCCACACAUUCUUCUGGGAGGAGGCAAAACAAUGAUGAAGUCAAGGAAGGCUUGAGCUUUAGUAUGUGCAAAAAGCUUGUGCAGAUGAUGCAAGGUAAUAUUUGGAUUUCUCAUAAUUCUCUGGGUCUUGCUCAGAGCAUGACUCUGGUUCUAAGGUUUCAAAUCCGGCCUUCUUACGGAAGAGGAAUAUAUGCCCCUGGAACUACCUCAGACCAACCAAGUUCUAAUUCUCUGUUUAGAGGCCUUCGGGUUAUACUUGCGGAUGACGACGACGUAAACAGAACUGUAACGAAGAAGCUGCUCGGGAAAUUAGGCUGUGAAGUAACCGCUGUUUCUUCUGGGUUUGAAUGUCUCAGUGCUAUUACUUCUUCUGAAAAUUCUUUCGGAGUGGUUGUUUUGGAUCUUCAGAUGCCGGAAAUGGACGGUUUUGAAGUGGCAAUGAGAAUCCGAAAGUUCCGAAGUCGUAAUUGGCCAUUGAUUAUAGCCUUGACUGCAAGUGCUGAGGAUCAUAUUUGGGAGAGAUGCCUGCAGAUGGGAAUGAAUGGAGUGAUUAGAAAACCUGUUCUUUUACAAGGGAUGGCUGACGAGCUUCGUAGAGCUUUACAAAGGGCGGGUGAUGGUGGAUUAUGAAGAGCGAGUGUCGUCGUGAUGAGCAAGUUGCGAAAUAUGAUCCCGCAUCGUUUUUAUCUCUUAUCCUAAGAUUGUUUGGGGUCCCAGAACUCAUAAUCAUCUUGCCUUGAAGGUGCAGCAUCAAAAGCAUUUAUACUCAUUGGUAUACGAAAAAUGUAAACUGUCACUUUCUUGCUAACCAAACAUUGAGCUAGAACUUCAUUGAACAUAUUAUAACUUGCUGUCCAAUUAGUCAUAUUGUCUUCUAAUAGUUCAAAGGAAACUUGAAUAUCAUUCAUACA